CAUUCGUCAAUUUUUGGCAUGGUUGAACUUAUCAAGUCCAAACGAAAUAAAACCGUUUAUCACUAAAAUUAUUAUGAAAAUGGAGUGGAAACCUGAACAAGAAGGGCUGAUGCAAAUAUUAACACUUUUAAAAGAGUCUCAAUCACCAGAUACUGCAACUCAAAGAGCAGUCCAACAAAAAUUGGAAGAACUUAACAAAUACCCGGACUUUAACAACUACUUGAUCUUCGUCCUCACAAAGUUGGUGUCGGAGGAGGAGCCGACUCGGUCUUUGAGUGGACUUAUAUUAAAAAAUAAUGUAAAAGCAAGGUACAACAGCUUCCUACCGGAGGUUGCCGAGUUUAUCAAAAGAGAAUGUCUGUCAGCUGUAGGAGACCCCUCUCCGCUGAUAAGAGCUACUGUCGGUAUAAUCAUUACAACUAUUGCUAGCAAAGGCGAGUUAACAUCAUGGCCGGAGCUGCUGCCAGCACUGUGCCAGAUGCUCGAUUCACAAGAUUACAAUGUUUGUGAGGGAGCAUUUGGAGCAUUACAGAAGAUUUGCGAAGACACAGCCGAGUUACUUGACAGUGAUGCAUUAAAUAGACCAUUAAAUGUUUUAAUACCCAAGUUCCUACAGUUUUUCAGACAUUCAUCACCUAAAAUAAGAUGUCAUGCCAUAGCAUGUGUCAACUACUUCAUCAUGGGCAGAUCUCAGGCACUUAUGAUGCACAUAGACUCCUUUAUUGAGAACCUAUUUCACCUGGCAGCUGACGAAGACCCUGAUGUGAGGAAAAAUGUUUGUCAUGCACUCGUUCUGCUGUUGGAAGUGAGACUAGACAGACUAAUACCAUACCUACCAAAUAUUAUAGAGUACAUGUUAAUGCGCACUCAAGAUGCUGAAGAGGGUGUCGCUUUGGAAGCUUGCGAAUUCUGGCUGUCGUUAGCGGAACAAAAUGUGUGCAGAGAUGUCCUGGGGCCAAGGUUACCAGCGCUGCUGCCAGUCCUUGUCCGGGGUAUGCGGUACUCGGAGAUGGAUGUUAUCCUGCUGCGGGGUGACCGGGAUGAUGAUGCUGAUGAUGCGGAACCAGACCGCGAGUCCGACAUACGGCCGAGGUUCCACAAGCCGCGCUCGCACACCAUCAAACACAAUGUUCACGGCGGCGACAGCGCCAUGUCGGGCGGCGGGGACUCGGACUCGGACGACGAGGGCGGCGAGGCGGACGACGGCUCGCUGUCCGACUGGAACUUGCGCAAGUGCAGCGCGGCGGCGCUCGACAUGCUCGCCAACGUGUUCGGCGCCGACCUCCUGCCCGUACUCUUCCCCAUACUCAAGGAGACACUGUUCCACGAUAAUUGGGUCAUCAAGGAGAGCGGUAUCCUAGCCCUCGGCGCGGUGGCGGACGGUUGUAUGGGCGGUAUGGUGCCGCACCUGCCCGACCUCGUGCCAUACCUCGUGUGCUGUCUCGGCGAGCGCAAGGCCCUGGUGCGCGCCAUCACGUGCUGGACGCUGUCGCGAUACUCGCACUGGAUAGUCUCGCAGUCGCACGAUCUCUAUCUACGACCUGUUAUGACUGAGCUACUCAAACGAGUGCUAGACAACAAUAAGCGCGUACAGGAGGCAGCUUGUUCAGCGUUCGCAACUCUCGAGGAGGAGGCGUGUACCGAACUCGUACCGUACCUCGGUCAUAUUCUACAGACUCUGGUGUAUGCCUUCAAUAGAUACCAGCACAAAAACCUGCUGAUCUUGUAUGACGCUAUAGGCACGCUGGCAGAUAGUGUGGGACACCAUCUCAACAAGCCGGAAUACAUCGACCUACUGAUGCCUCCGCUCAUAACUAAGUGGAAUAUCCUGAAGGAUGAGGAUAAGGAUCUGUUUCCACUUUUGGAGUGUUUGUCAUCAGUCGCCACAGCGCUGCAGUCCGGCUUCCUACCCUACUGUGAACCUGUGUUCAGGAGAUGUGUCUCACUUAUAGAACAGACACUCAAUCAAAACAUCGCAAACAGUCAAAGUCCUGAGCAGUUUGAGGCACCGGACAAAGACUUUAUGAUAGUGGCGCUGGACUUGCUGAGCGGACUGGCGGAGGGAUUGGACGGACACAUCAACCACUUGGUGCUCAAUUCCAACUUGAUGCAGCUACUCUACCAGUGCAUGCAGGAUCCAAUGCCAGAGGUGCGGCAAUCAUCAUUUGCGUUAUUAGGAGACUUGACGAAGGCGUGUUUCCAACAUGUGCUACCAUAUAUUCCUGAGUUCCUACCCAUACUCGGCAUGAACCUCAACCCGGAACUGAUAUCUGUGUGCAACAACGCCACGUGGGCUAUCGGCGAGAUUAGUAUAAAACUAGGAGCCGACACAUCAAAAUAUGUACCUCUAGUGCUGAACCAUCUCGUAGACAUCAUCAACAGGCACAACACACCUAAGACACUACUCGAAAACACAGCGAUUACUAUCGGUCGGCUAGGUUAUGUGUGCCCCCACGACGUCGCACCCGUUUUACAUCAAUUUGUACGGCAGUGGUGUAUAUCGCUACGCAACAUUCGCGAUAACGACGAGAAGGACUCUGCGUUCCGCGGCAUGUGCCAGAUGAUCCAGGUUAACCCGGGCGGCGUAGUGCCGGACUUCAUGUUCUUCUGCGACGCGGUCGCAUCGUGGUCGCACCCUAAGGACGACCUGAAGGAGAUGUUCACUAAGAUCCUGCACGGUUUUAAGAAUCAGGUGGGCGAGGAGAACUGGCGGCGGUUCACGGAGCAGUUUCCCGAGCAGCUGAGCGCGCGCCUCGCCGCCAUGUGCGGGAUAUAGGCCGUCGCGCUAACUAUUACCUGGGGAACCAAUGUCAGCACGGGUCGGGGAGACAUUGUGCCGGAGCCGCUCCGAGAUGUGCCAACAGCUGCAGUCCACUGGCCUCACCACAGACUACAGCUACCGAACACUGGCCUCACCAUAGACAAGAACUGGCCUCACCAUAGACAACCCUAAAACAACCCGUAACAGUAUCGUACCUGAAAGUUUCACUAGUGUAAAGCGGCUAUUUCACUUAACCUCAUCGAGUGUAGUAGGUUGUGAACCGAGUUAGGGUAGACGCACACCGUAUCCUCGCACGUAGGAUCUAAACGGGGACUGUAAAUUUUUUGAUGAUUUUAUCGCAACGGUUCACUUUUAACGUGGAGAAAACGCUUGAAAAGCUUUGUGUUGUCGGGUAAGUAUAGAAGUUUGGUGGUCACUUAACAAGUGACUGCAUGAGGCUCUCGAACCUUGAAAUUAUGUGAAGCAAAAUCUAUAGAUCAUAACUGUGGCGUUUCUUGUGACCGUUUCCGUUUAUUUUUUAUUUCAUGUAGUUUUCGGCACAAUUUUAUGUUUAAAAACCUGUGUCCGUUCGAGAGCCCGCGGCGAUAGUCGCAGUUCCACAUUGCAUGAACUAGUGAUAGUGUUAGUGUAUAUGAGUAUGUUUUAUAUUUUUUCGAGUACAUUUUAACUGGACAUUUGUACCCUCAGUGUAUCGGUGUCAGGUGUCGUGUGUAGAUGCGUUUUGCCUACUUCAAAAUUUAUUAACCUCCUUACUAAUUAAUAAAAAAGUUACUUAAAUCUAUACAAUGUUAAGUCCUUAUUUAU